AUGAAGGUGGGGUUCUUGAGCCAGCUGUUCUCGAAUCGGAAACGAUUGGACUUAGGGAUGGAGGUGGGAAUGGAGAGGAUAAGGGGAAUGUGGUCGGAGGUAGAGCCGAGGCGAGAAGAGAGAGCGGAGUUGGGGAAAACAGAGCAGAAAGUGUUGUUGACGAGCACGCGGUCAAGGCGGGCAAGCAAGAGCUACUUGAGCCAUGUGUUAUACCUUAAGGUACCGGCAUUGAAUUAUAUUGUGGAAUCUGUUUAUGGAUUUACCCACAGCAGAAGCACUGAGUCCCCAAAAAGUCUUACAGAAGCAAAUAAAAUCCUGUGCUUGAUCAUUGACACAGUGGUGCUCUUGAAUCUGCAGCAGGAGCUAGUAAGGAAUGUUCUGUCUUUGUUGUACAAAAUCUGGAAGAGAACUCAACUCUUGAGAUCGUCAACUGAUUGCAACAAGUGGAAGAAUAAACUUCAAAGUAAAGAAUACGAGAUACCUGAAGCUAUUUUCAGGUUUUCGAUUGGUCUUGCUUCUCCAGCCUGCCCAGAGCCUGAUGUGGUCAGGAAAAGUAUUUUUGUCCAAACAGUGUCUGACUUUGAAACUUUUGUCCUGGCCUACUGGGAAAAGUCACCUAAUUUGUACAGGAGGAAACAAAGCACUCAGAAGGAUAGUCCUGUUUUGGCUGCACUGCACAGUGCUUUUAAUCUUGGAACAGCACCUGAUGCUAUCAUUGAAUCAUUAAUAAAGGGUCUUGUUUCUUGCCCUGCUAUUUCUUCUGAUGAACUUGACAUAAAUUCAUUUCUCCAUGAGGUUCAUGAUUCCUUGGGUGAUUUUGUAAAGUACAGGCAAGACAUUAGAGUCAUGAGAACACAAAAUCCAAAUGACCAAACCUCAAGGGGAUGUGUGACAGAGGAACAUUUUUUCGAUGAUGGAUCAAUCUUCAUGGAUGAAGAUGCAUUCAUCGAAAAAUGUAAGCACGCCUUUAAGAAUGGUUAUUCGAUUGCCUUGCGUGGCAUGGAGUUCCGGUCUGAAAAGGUUGCUGCUGUAGCUUCUGCCCUGGCUGAUCUAUUUGGGCAGCCUUCUGUAGGAGCCAACAUAUACUUCUCACCUGCAAGAUCUCAAGGCUUGGCUCGACACUAUGACGAUCACUGUUUACUUGUUUGGCAGCUACUUGGUAGCAAGAAAUGGAUGAUUUGGCCUAAUCCGAAGCCACUUUUGCCUAGACUAUAUGAACCUUUUGACCCUUUAGAUGGCACUUUAGAUGAGAACAGUGGGAGAGUGGAGGUUUUGCUUGAAGGGGACAUGAUGUGGGAAGGUUUUGCACAUAUCGCCCUUCAUUGUUGGACAGAGAAGCAGCAGCUUAGAGAUUCUCAACUUGUCGAGUUCAAGGGGAAAGUAGAAACUUCCUUAUCUGCUAUUGUGCUACAUGUGCCCAUCAGGUUGCUCUCAGACAGUGAUCCUAUUUUCAGGAAGGCGUGCAUGGUUGCGGCAAAGUUUGGACCAUCCAGUUCCUGUACAAUGACUCACUUGAAGGCUUUUCGAAGCAACCAGAGGUCAACUUUCGAUGAGAUACUGAGGAAGAUCGAUCAGAACUGCAGCAUCGAGGAAGCAUUGAAGCCCAUCGUGUUGGCAGUGAAAGAGAGAGACGACGAAGCCUUUCAGUGGAUGAGCUGGCUGCGGCACCUGCCUCAGCAAGGGGUUGACAUAAUCGAUUUCUGCAAUAUUUUCGGAACCCUCCAAGAGCUGCUUGAUGCGUUCAACUCUAACCCUGACCAGGCCCUGGAUGGCUUCACAGCCUUCAAGUCAGGGUUUUGCCAGCGCGUCGUGUACGAGGACGCGUGCGAGACCUUUGAGACUUUGCUUGAGAUGUACAGGACGACUAGGACUCAGUACAUGAGGGGAAUGCUGGCGUUGCACGGUGCAGCAAGACGAAACGACGCGACUUCCUUCUCAACCCCGCCGGCAGCUGUACCCCAUGCACCUACUGUAGAUCCGCCCCUGCAGAACAGUGACUUCUUUACUGGCAGUGCUCAUGAAAGGCGGACGAAACGUCCAGAGCUGGAUAGGGGCAAGACUGUGUGCUGA